GUCAUUUACACAGUUUUGGUUAUUAGUUUAAAAAGAGAAUUUUGGAAAUAUGAUACCCCUAUUCCUGGCCCGGUGGCAUUUAAGAAAUUAAUAAAGUGAUUAUUUGUAAAAGAUUUUAAUUUGAAACUCUUUCAAAACUGCUUCUUUGAAAUAAACUGGUUUUGAUUAAAAAUCUUCCAUGUGUCUCAAUUUUUAUAUGCUUAGAGCCUAAAUGAAAUUAAUAUAUUGCAUUUACAAUGUAUAAACGACAAUUUUUUAGCCUGUUGUAUUUAUUUACAAUUUUAUUAAUGGAACCAAAAAUCUGUUAUACAAAUAUGGCAGAUGGCAUUGUGGCCUAUGGUGGAAGCAUAUGGAAGAAACUGGCCUAAAAUUAACAAUUAAAUUGCUGAAUAACACUGAAUAUCAUUGAAUAAUUAUUCUGGACAGUAAGAAAUCCUUAAUUACUGAAGAGUUGGACAUAUUACAGAAGAUAAUACAAGAUAACUGUUGAAACUCCAGAGAAAUAUCUUCUUUGGCCUCUUUCUCUUACUAAUAACUUCCAAAUCUUAACUUCCCCUAACCUGUCCAUCCUCCCCUAUUUAUUUAUUUUUCCUAAUUAUACUACCAUUCAGUUACCAUGAUUAUAACUGUCACAAAGCAGUUACAACAGUCACAUAUGAUUAUAACUGUCAUAAAGCAGUUACAACUGUCACAUAUUUUUUUUAUUUCUUCUAACAUACACUUGGGUGGUUGGGGUUCUCCUAACAAUACUCCCCCCAAGCUUUUCACCUUGUCCUCUAGGUGAAAGUUAGGAAAUUGCUGCUGUAUAGUGGCGAAAGGUUCCCACAAAUCUUCAAACGAUGGCAGGUCUUGCCAACGGAUGAGGACUUCCAACUCGCCUGAAGUAGUUAGCCGCUGAUCCAUGACAUGAGCAAGAUGAAGUUGUAGCUCCUAAUCUUCAGAUAACACCAAAGGGAGCUCAAGGCGAUAGGCUACAGCGCCAAUCCUUUCUGCAAUUUGAUAAGGAACAUAAAAUCGUGGACUCAGCUUCUCGUUCAUCUUUUUAGCUAGGGAACGAAGUAUGUAAGGCUGGAUUUUGAGGCAAGAUCUAAGCUUCGGCAUCACAGUGCUGCAAUGCAAGUUCCUAUAGGCUUGGAAGAUGAUUUUAAGGGACUUGUUGAUCUUGUGCAAUUAAAGGCCUACUACUUUCAUGGUUCAAAUGGUGAAAAAGUUGUCGCUGAAGAAGUGCCUGCAGAUAUGGAAGCCUUGGUGGCAGAAAAAAGACGUGAACUCAUAGAAAGUGUGUCAGAGGUUGACGAUAAACUUGCUGAAGCUUUCCUUGGUGAUGAGACCAUAUCAGCUGCUGAUCUUAAGGAAGCAGUUCGUAGGGCUACCAUAGCACAGAAAUUUAUACCAGUAUUCAUGGGUAGUGCUUUCAAAAAUAAGGGUGUGCAGCCACUUCUGGAUGGUGUAAUUAAUUAUUUACCAUGUCCAAUUGAAGUUUGUAAUUACGCCCUUGACCAAACUAAGAAUGAAGAGAAGGUUGAGUUGCGUGGAAGUCCUGAUGGGCCACUUGUGGCAUUGGCUUUCAAGUUGGAGGAAGGGCGAUUUGGUCAGUUAACAUAUCUAAGAAUCUACGAGGGUGUCAUUCGGAAGGGUGAUUUUAUUAUUAAUGUAAACACCGGAAAGAAGAUCAAGGUUCCUCGCUUGGUUCGGAUGCAUUCGAAUGAGAUGGAGGACAUUCAAGAGGCUCAUGCUGGUCAAAUAGUUGCUGUAUUUGGUGUUGAUUGUGCAUCUGGAGAUACUUUUACUGAUGGGUCAGUUAGAUACACAAUGACUUCGAUGAAUGUUCCUGAACCAGUGAUGUCAUUAGCUGUACAGCCGGUCUCAAAAGAUUCUGGAGGGCAAUUUUCAAAAGCUUUGAAUCGCUUCCAAAGGGAGGAUCCUACUUUCCGUGUUGGCUUGGACCCAGAGAGUGGGCAGACGAUCAUUUCUGGAAUGGGGGAACUGCAUUUAGAUAUCUAUGUUGAACGCAUUAAGAGAGAGUAUAAGGUUGAUGCAUCAGUUGGAAAGCCCCGUGUGAACUUCAGAGAAACUGUUACUCAACAUGCUGAUUUUGAUUAUUUACAUAAGAAGCAAACAGGAGGGCAGGGACAAUAUGGACGGGUUAUUGGGUAUAUUGAACCACUUCCUGCAGGGUCACCGACUAAGUUUGAAUUUGAAAACAUUCUUGUUGGUCAAGCUAUUCCAUCAAGUUUUAUCCCAGCAAUUGAGAAGGGUUUCAAAGAAGCUGCCAACUCGGGUGCCUUAAUUGGACAUCCAGUUGAAAAUCUCCGAGUUGUUUUGACAGAUGGUGCUGCCCAUGCUGUUGAUUCCAGUGAACUUGCAUUUAAGCUGGCUUCUAUCUAUGCUUUUAGACAGUGCUAUGCAGCUUCCAGACCAGUUAUAUUAGAACCCGUUAUGCUUGUUGAGCUGAAAGUACCAACAGAAUUUCAGGGAGCUGUUGCUGGUGACAUCAACAAGAGAAAAGGUGUGAUUGUUGGCAAUGAUCAGGAAGGAGAUGAUUCCGUCAUUACUGCUCAUGUCCCACUUAACAACAUGUUUGGGUACUCUACAGCUCUUCGUUCAAUGACACAGGGAAAAGGUGAAUUCACAAUGGAAUACAAGGAACAUUCACCAGUUUCUCAUGAUGUACAGAUGCAAUUGAUAAACUCGUACAAGGGCAAUAAGGCAGCUGAAUAAUCACGUUUUAUCGAAGUACAUGGUCCUAAAAAUUUGUGACAAUUAUUUAUCUAGAAAAAAGGAAUUGUGAACAUAAUAUAGGAUAUAUAGGUUUGAUUCAAUUUAUUGUGGUCAACCAAUUUUGGAAGCAAAUAAAAGUUGCUGUAAUUGUGGUAAAUAUGGUGUACGUAUAAUUUACAUUAUGUAAGUUACGCUGCUCGUAUUUAUUACUUAAUCCAGAGCUCUUAUGCAACUUCUAUGUU